GGAAGUGUCGUCAUCGACGAACACAAUACCAGUGGCUUCCGUAGCAAGGGACACGCGCCAUGGGUCGCUAUGUAUACAUCCUAUUACCCGUCACAGCAAGUCUUGCCAAGUGGGAAGCAGGUUCGAGACCAACAGCAAGCGCAGUCUAUUGCCUAUAGUCUCGAUCAUGGGGCAACGUGGACUACCUAUGAUGAGGGGAACCCUAUCAUCUUAGAUCCGCCUGCUCCGUACCAGGACCAGUAUCUUGACUUCCGGGACCCCAAUAUCUUUUGGUAUCAACCUAUUAAAAAAUGGGUGGCUGUUAUCAGUCUUGCAAAACUUCAUAAGCUGCUCAUAUAUACAUCUGCGAAUCUCAAGCAAUGGAGCUUGCAGAGUGAGUUUGGACCUUUCAAUGCUGUUGGAGGUGUGUGGGAGUGUCCGAAUCUUUUCCCACUGUCUAUCGAUGGAGAUGAAUCAAAGGUCAAAUGGGUUGCCAUUGUUGGUCUCAAUCCUGGUGGCCCUCCUGGGACUGUGGGUUCGGGAAUUCAGUACUUUGUGGGUGACUUUAACGGGACCACAUUUACGCCGGACUUGAACAGUAUUCAUGGUGGGGGUCCCCCGGACGGUAGUUUCAUCUUUGAAGAUUUCGAGGGAAACCGUUCCUUUGCCGAUCGUGGAUGGGUAGCUACCGGCGACUUGGUCGGUACCUCCCCCGUGGCUGGUACCUUGGCUGGACAGAAUCCGGUGACAGGCUUCCUCGGAAAGCAGCUGGUGAACACAUUCUUAAAGGGGGAUUCGACUACAGGAACCCUGACAUCCCCUUCCUUCAAAAUCUCGUACAAGUAUAUAAACUUCCUCAUCGGAGGAGGGAACAGUAUUAACCAAACUGCGAUUCGCCUGAAGAUUGACGGUGGUAUUGUGUACGCUACAACUGGAUCCAAUAGUGAACAACUUACCUGGCAAAGCUGGGAUGUUAGGGCCUUCCAAAAUCAAACCGCCACGAUUGAGAUUAUUGAUCUCGCUACCGGGGGCUGGGGCCAUAUUACCGAUCAGCGGACGAUCAUCUCCUGGAUGAAUAACUGGCAGUACGGGUCAACCAUACCAACGGACCCUUGGCGUAGUGCAAUGACCAUUCCUCGUCAACUUUCGUUGAAAACAAUCGAUCAGAAGAUAGCAGUGGUUCAAGAGCCCAAAGAAAGCUGGAAAGCUAUUACCAAGGGUGGAAGCAUAUCAACAUUCCAUUCCGUGACUGGUGUCCACAACCUGGGUGAGAUCGGGAAAGCAGUCGACAUCCAGUUAACUUUCUCCAGCAGGGAGCCAGCAACCAAGGGAAGCUCGGAGUUUGGAAUCAUUGUUCGAGCCUCUGAGGAUUUGAGUCAACAGACACGAGUAGGAUAUGACUUCGCCACCCAGCAGGUGUUCAUCGAUCGAACGAAAUCGGGAGAUGUCUCAUUCGACAGCACAUUCGCAAGUGUCUACUAUGCUCCUCUUUCCCCAGCCACAAAUAACACUGUAACCUUACAUAUCUUUGUGGAUUGGUCAAGCGUGGAGGUCUUUGGGGAUCAAGGACAAACCACAAUGACAGCCCAAAUCUUUCCUUCUGACAAUGCCACGUAUGCGAAGCUUUUCUCUACUGGGGGGAGCACCAACAAUGUCCAGCUUCACAUAAGCAAAGUACGUUCUACUUGGACAUAGGAGUUGGGUUGUACGACAGAAAACUAGGAAAUGCAGCCCUACACUCCCUAAUAGGACUCAUAAUGCUCCCAACCCAACUUUUCCCUGUGGAGGACUAGCUGUGACAUAAUGGGAAGGAGCUUGUCUACC